CUCAAAGAACAAAUUUUAAUCCGUAAUAAAUAUUCACGAAGCGCAUUUUUUCCUCACGAAAAAUUGCUCGCGUAAAUGCAUCGGUAGCACAAUAAAAUCCAUCACGAAUCAUAUUAUUGUGUUACCUAUACAAAGUGAUUGUCACUCGGGGCACAUGGCGGCUUGCGACGCCCGAGGCGGGGCUUACCACACCACGCCCACAGAAAAACGGCUCAAGCGAUAAGGUCGAAAUCACUAUGGAGAUUCUAGAGAUUUUCGGCUUUACAGAACAGAAAGCCGCGAGAGCGCGCCGCGAGUGUGUGUCUGCCUUAAAACAUAGUCGCAACCCGCGCCGGGCGCACGCUCGCCAUUCCAAAUUCGACGACGAAUUUUUAAAUUCGGAAUUCUAAAUUUUGUUCUAUUCUAGAUUGUAUUUCAAAUUAAAUUUGUUGUCAUUUGUGUGUUAUGCAUCGGAGGGGGUAAUUUUUUUUGAAAAUGGAAGUAAGUGCUAUGCCUCCGAUGCCGCUGGACUUCUCUAUGGUGAGGAGUGGAAGUGGUUCACCUGGUUCGAUGCGGGAGGGAUCCCCCAGGCCUGUCUCCAACAGCGCAUUCAGAGUUGUGACCCCAAAAGGGGUAACAGCCAGUGAAGCGCUUCGGAAUGGUCUGUGCCAAUCUCUGUGGGGAGCCUCUGCAAGCCGUCAGGAGCCGAGGAUCGCUUCCCCUCCGCCACAGAGUCACGAGACCCCGUACCCCGUCAGAGAGGAAAUCAAAUUCGGCAUCAAUCGCUUAGUCAGCGAGAGAACGGAAGAAGAUGAAGAAGAGCAUCACAAUGAGACCAGACCCGAAGGCAUUUCACCAGCUUCACGCUGUGGCAGUCCCUGCUGGGCGCCAUCACCACUCCCAAGAUCAGUGCGCUCCUCAUCCCCCGAGCUCGAAGUAGACUCCCCUCCAUCAUCUCCAAGAAGACCACCAGACACCUCUCCCCCCACCAAGAGAUCGGAAGCUUUUUCCGUCAGUGCGUUGCUGAGACCUGAUGCUCCCAGGGUGCAGCCACAAAGACCAUUCCUUUACCCUCCACUACCUUUUGCGGAAUUUCUGCGAGACGCUGGCAGUCUUGGUCUUCCUGGAUGGGGAGGGUACAGCAACUUGUACCUCCACGCUGUGCAGGCAGCAGGUCCAGAACUUCUUCGACUCCGCGCAGCUGUGCUUGGCGCCCCAGGUCCUUUAUCCAGGCCUCUGCCCUUGGGAGAUGUUUAUUCUUGCGUAAAAUGCGAGAAAAUGUUCAGUACUCCCCAUGGCUUGGGUUCAUGCAGACGAUCUCAUAAUGGGAAGCGGCCAUUCGCUUGUGAGCUGUGCAGCAAGACCUUUGGACAUGAAAUCAGUCUGAGCCAACACAGGGCUGUCCACAGCGUAGAGAAAGUCUUCGAGUGCAAGCAAUGCGGAAAGACGUUCAAACGCUCCAGCACCCUGUCAACCCACCUUCUCAUCCACUCGGACACCACCUACCCCUGCCAGUACUGCGGGAAGCGAUUCCACCAGAAAUCGGAUAUGAAGAAGCACACUUACAUUCAUACUGGCGAAAAACCCCACAAAUGCCAGGUCUGCGGAAAAGCCUUUAGCCAGAGCUCAAACCUGAUCACUCACUCUCGAAAACACACUGGCUUCAAGCCGUUUGCCUGCGAGCUGUGUGGUAGAGCCUUCCAGCGCAAGGUGGACUUACGGCGGCAUAAGGAGACACAGCAUGCAGACCUGAGGCCCCCGCAGCCGCAUAUGCAGCCGCACACCGAUGUGCAUGGCAUGCAUGCGGAUAUGCAUGCUGUUGCUGACCAUCGGAUAGAUCUCCGUCCCCCGCACCCCGACAUACGUCAGCACGACUACAGGGCUCACAUGAGCACCGCGGUCCCUCCACUUCAGCCCUUGCCCUCCUGAACUUCAACUGCCUUCGCGCCCCCAAGCUGGCGUUGAGGCUCCGACGAAAGUAACAGGUUGAUAAUAGGUUGUAUGGGUAUUGGGAAUAUCUGUUAUAUUGCGGUGGUGAAGUUAAAAGUAACUGUUAUAUUUUGGAACAGGUCAUUUCUUUUUUUGGUAAUACUCAAAGUAGAUCAUUUUUAAUUAUUUUUUUGUUAUUUAUUUACAACGAAUUUGAAAUUGUAUAAACUAUUCACCAGCGCAAUAUUUGAUUGUGUUUAGGCUUAAUAUUAACCUAGUAUAAAAGACCUACGACAUUAAUGUUACCACAACCAAAAAUGUAGGUAAAAUUAAAUAUUAUAGGUAAACGCUUUGUUAUUGUGAGUGUUUUGAUCUCAAAGAAAUAAAAUGACACCUAAGUGAUUGUUUUGUGUUGCAUGUGUGAAAAAUUAACGUAAUUGUAAAUAAAAAUUGAUGAAUUGAGUUUGUUAAGGAAUACUUUUUAGGUUUAUCAAAACUUUUUUUGUUAAAUAUUUUUUAUAAAUGAGAUUUUGACUAUUAAACUGCAACACAGACAAAUUAUUUGCUAGAAACAUCCAAAGAGCACAAUUAAUUCAAAUAUUGUUAGUUUAGGCACCUAAUAUUUAAUGGACUGAUAGAAUCAUUCCAAAGUAUUUUUCAUAAUAAUACGAAAUAUUUCGGUGUUGCCACACAAAAAAAAACAUUUAUUUUACUUUAAAACGAACUAUAAUCGUUAUUAAACACGCGACACUAGGGGCUAUCUCGUCUUCUAGUAAGAGUUUUAUUAUUGUGGAAGCGAGACAGAGCUAUACAAGACUUAUAGCGGCGUCCCUUUUCCACAUAGUCUUUCUUUAGGAGGUGGUGGUAGACCAUACCGUAUUGGUGACACCGAUUAAUUUUAAGCAAUGACUUUAUUUACAAUUAAUCUAUAUUCCACUAAUUAUAAUUAAUAGAUUUGAUAUCACCAUUCCGAAUAAAUAAAAACCACCGAUGAACGCAACUACAUUCCAAUUUUAAAUUGGAAUACUAGCUAGUAUGAAUA